AUGCAUCUUCUCCGCUUCUUUAGUGUGGCUGCUGUCACAGCCUCUAUGGCAUUGGCUCUGCCUGCUGAAAUCCCUCAAGUUGCAACCUCGGAGCUUCAAACUGUACCAGCUGCUGAAGCCUUGGCCAAUCUACCUCCCGCGGACGAUAUUUUUGUGCGCAAUACCCCUGGGGACGUCUCUACGAAGAGCUCUAGCUACGAAUCUGAGUCUAAAGCUCUUGCGAUCCGUGCUAGCCCUACCCGCAAAAACAUUUUCACGAUUACUCUCCACGGCUACGAGUAUAAGAAGAAUUUCCUUGGGACGGACAUCACUCGCGUUACUGCGUCGGUUCAAUCUAUCUUCAAGGCAGCCUCUGGCACUAUUUACACAUUUCCCGCCACUGUCGCAUAUACUUCGGAGAGGUGGCACAGUGGGUUUGCUUUCAGGAUCUCAAAAUUUCUCUUUCCACGAUGCCAAGGAAUCCGCAAGGCCGAAAGUUUAAAUUUCUCCCUCUCCACUUCCAAAAAGUAA